AUGGAUGAUACGUUGCGGCCUCCAAAGGUCACGCAAGGUUGGACUGGUGGGGCAGGCAGGAUAUCGAACGACUCCCUCGCCCAGGUGGGAUUUACUUCCAAAGGAGAUACAAAGCUCCUUGAACCCAAGGCCCAAGAACAGUACUACAAGAAGAUCGUAGAUCGAUAUGUACACUUUUGCAACGUCCAUUCGGGGAACCUCGAUGCCGCAUUUGGCUCACUCCCAAGAAACCGAUCCGAAGAUCCAACGAAGAACCCUCCGGUUCCUAUACCCAUAAGACCAGGCUCUAGAUCGAGAUCCCGUUCCCGAUCACCAAAGCCCCCAAGCAAACCCACUGCUCCAAAUGGGACCAAGGCCCCUGCUCCGCCAGAACAGCCUCCACCACCAGCAGAAGAACUCUCCACGCUUCUUCUCUCUCUCCGUAAGCUGCGCGAAGCAAUCCUAGCGACCAGCUCAAAAACUCCCAUCGCAUUCUCGCAGCGAGUCCAUAUAUUCUGUAUUCGAGUAUCGAUCCUCGCCCAGCAUCCACCGUCGUACUACCCCCCUCUACAGCGUUUGCUGAAACACCUUCACUCCUCUGCGAAUCCGUUAGAUCCAUCUGACCUGCACGAAUUCACGACAUAUCUGAUCCUAGACUACGCCUGUCGACAAGGCGAUAUGCCGGCGGCAUAUGAGCUCCGGGCACGCUCAAAAGUGGCAUUUGGAUACCGCAAUAAUUCCGUGGACCAUACACUCAGAGCGCUAAUGCACGAUGACUGGGUGUUGUUUUGGAGGACUAAACGGAACGAGAAUGCGUAUACAAAGGCCUUGUUGAACUGGGCUGUCGACAGUGUACGCAGGCGAGCAUUGAAGGCUGUUGGGAGAGCAUAUCUAUCAGUAGAUGUGAACUAUUUGGUGGAAUGCUGCGCAGGAGAAAGUGAAGGUUGGACAUGGGAAACGUUGGUGGAAAGGGAGGGCCUGGGGUGGAAGAGAGAAGAUGACAAAGUUCUAAUAAGGGUUAGGAAGCCGAUAGCUGAACCAAAAAGGUAA